CAGCACCCGCUGGGUGCUGGGCGUUAGCAUCUUCUGCGCGCGCCGUCCCGCCCUAGAUUUAGCAUUCUACACUGAAGUCAUCAUGGGCGUUUUUCAAACCAUGAUGAAAAAGAAGGAACUCAUUCCUUUGGUGCUGAUCAUGACUUUCGCAGCGGGAGGAGCCUCAUCUUUUGCCUUAUAUUCCUUGCGAAAAACCGACGUGAUUCUUGAUCGAAAAAGAAAUCCAGAACCAUGGGAAGCUGUGGAUCCUACUGAACCUCAAAAGCUUCUAACAAUCAACCAACAAUGGAAGCCUAUUGAAGAGUUGCAGAAGGUCCGAAGGGCAACCAAAUGACCAGUCUGUGCUGCUUCUUCCCAGAGUACUCUAUGAAUCUAGUGGAAACAUUUCUGCACAAACUAGAUUAUGGAUUCCAGUGUGCGGAAAUGCUUCUGCUACAUUUUUAGGGUUUGCCUACUUUCUUUGGAUUCUGGAUAAGGAAUUAAAGGUAGUGCAGCGAUAACUACAUAGUCCAAAAAAUAAGUUUCCUGGUUUAUUGUUGUAAAUUUGAAUAUUACAUAUUGAAUUUUUAUGUUUGUGAUGCUACAAUGUUUUCCUUGGAACGUAUAGAUUUGUAAAUUAAAUUAUCUGUAAUAAAAUAUCAUUUGUACAAGCUAUCUCAAAAGUUAAUGUAUAUUUAAGUAGAAGAGAACAUUAUUAUGGGAGAAAAU